AUGAUACCUUCAGAUAAAGUUAAAGAUAAAGAAAAUGUUAUAGGACAAAAGAGAACACAUGAAGAUUUACUUCUCGAUGAAUCACUCUCAUCUCAACAAUUAAAGAAAAUAGAUAGCACUAAAUCAGAUGAUAAUAAUCAAACAGAUAAAAACAACAUAAUAGAAUCAUUACACUCAACAUUUAAUUUCAAAGAUUUCAAUACACUUACAAACUUUAUUGGAAUCUAUGAUCUCUAUUUUAGAUGUAGUCAUAGUGAUUCUACAGAAUCAGUAAGAGAACAAUGUGUUGGUUUCUUUGCUAAUUACCAUAAUGACUCAAAGUAUUCACACUAUUUCGAUGUCAGAGGUUUUACUAAAUUCAUUGCUGAAGUAUUCUUUGAUCCAUCGGAUGAUGUAUUCGAUGCUCUAAAGGUAUUAACUGCUGAAUUUAAGUUAUUUAACACUGGUGUUGUUAAGCCUACUUAUCAAGCAAUUAUUGAUGACAAAAGAUUUAAAGAAUGGUUUAUUAAUUUAAAUGAAUCAAAUAUCAAUCUUUUGAAAUUUAAAAUUGCGAGAUUAGAAGGUUUGUUUGAACCAGAGCAGGAAUACAAACUGAACUUUUUCACCUAUGAAAAGUUGUAUGAUAUCGUUCAUCCUGUCAAUGCCAAACUUUCAGAUAUAAUGUUGGAUAAUAUCAUUGCGUAUAUUAUCAGUACCAAUAAUGUUUUUGUAAAUUUCAAAAAUCUUACAAAUGAGUCACCAAAGAUCAUUAAAGGAAAACAUCUAUUACAUUAUGCAUUGGUAUCGAAACAGUUCUUUAAGGCCAUUGCAAAGGCAACCAAUACCCGAUUAGUAUCUUGGACAGGAUAUCUCAAUUUCAACUUUGACAAUAACAACAACAAUAACCUUAAAAAUAACAACAAUAAUAAUAAUGAAUACAGUUUAUUUAGAUUACCACCAAUGUAUUUCGAUUAUGAAUCAAUCAAAUAUAUUCCAUAUGACAAAGGUGUUGACCAUAUCAACCGUUUUUUUUCAAGAGUUGAAACCUUUACAGUGAAAUCCGAUGAAUUCGAUCAUUCAGUGGAUACAUUCUGUUACUCAGAUACAACAGAUCCCGAUGUUUCAGUUGCGAGGGAAUCAGUUUACAAGAACAGUUUUAAUGAUCAUGAAACUAUCGAAGAACAAUAUCGUCAGAGUAUGGUGGAAGAUGGAUAUUUGGUAUAUCCUCCAGUAAUGCAAAAUCUCAAAGAGAUCUAUGUUUAUCAAUACCAUGGAUACAAAGUUAACUACGACAAAUUGCUAUCGCACAUCAUCCAAGGCACACCAAGUGGCAAUGGUCAUGGAAUUGAACGAUUCACCAUGGAAGUCAAAAAAAAUUUUGAAGGCAGACCCUCCACUAUUUAUUUUGAUUUCAUCAGAACACUGGUAAAGCUACAUUCAACUACUUUGAAAUCCAUUAGAUUAUUAUACCCUAAAAAGAAAUUCAAUGAUUCUGACUAUAGGAAUCUAGAUGGACUCUUGAAGACUAUACUUCCGAAAUUGAAUGAUCACGGAAUUAAAUUUUCGUGGAAUAUCAAACUUGAUCAAAAAAAAUUUCAAAAAGUAAAACGAUCAGAAGAUGUAUUUCAAUUCCUUCUACAAAUUUCAGAAUUUAAUGAAUAA